AUGAAUGCGCGUUUGCACGAGGUGGCAGCAGAGGGAAGAGAAGGAGACGAGGCGAGGCGGGGGGAUGAAAAUGUCAUCCUCGACGACGGUCGUCAACAGCGGGGUCAUUGCACCGAUCUCCGCGACUACUGGAUCGGCAAGGCCGGCUCGGGUUACGCCGGUGUCGACGAGCGUCACAUCGCGGCGAGAGGAAACGAGAUCGAUUUCCCGCCGUGCGAAUUACUGAAAGCGCCGCUGUCGUCACCGCCGGCGCCGCCGCCGUCUUAUGGUCCAGCGAUCUCGUUCGGCAACGUGGACGUCUUACCCGACAAUAUUGCCGCACCCUCUUCCAGUAUUACGUCACACGCUGGCGAUAAUACUAGAUCACGAGCUCGCGAUAUCGGGACGACAUCUUGCUCCACGAUGAGAUUUCCUCCGUAUGCGCCUGCAAUGAGUUGCAACGUGGCGUGCAGUAAUACACCAGCGACGGCGUGCAAUGUCGCUCCAGCGGGCGCCGAUUGCGACGGUCCGGAGGCAACGUGGACGUUCCGCGAUAACGAUCAUCACUUGCCGCAGCCACAGGCGGGGACUUGCGCGGCGAGCACAGCGGCGGCAACCUCGAGAACCUGCCAGCAGGGCCCGGUUGACGUCGAAGACCUCGCGAUGUACUUUGAUCUACCGACGGACGGCUGCAGGCCGCCGCCCCCAACGGGCAAUCGCGCGAUCUACUCGAGGAGAUCGCGAUAUGGACAGGCCGCGAGGAUCGACCGUGAUCGCGAUACUCUGCAGGCCUUCCGUCAUCUGUCCCCUUGCGAUCUAGCGCCCAACGAUCUGCGAGCUUGCGAUAUGGGACCCAGCACUCUGGGAUACUGCGAUCUGGGAUACAACGAUGGUCCAUCGCUUCGUGAUCCGGCGUACGACGGCUCGACGCGAUUUUGCGAGCCGAGACUCGACGAGUCGCGAUUUUGCGGCGCGAGACAGCAACCCUGCGAACCGGGGCGACACGAUCUGGGACGGGACGAUCCAGAAUCGAGCAAUUGGUUCUGCAACGUCUGCCCGGAACUGUUCAAUUUCUGCAGCGAGGAACGGUGGCUGCAGUGCCCGAUGAGCGAUCGCUGUCCCCUUUACGACACCUCGUACGCUUACGGCGCCCCCGUCUUGCCGCCGUGUAUGUACAAGGAUGGUUACUACGAUAACGAUAACGAAUGGCAUUACGGAUACGUGGAGGACGAACAGCUCCUCGAGGAUUAUUUGAGCAACGAGAAGAGGAAGGAGAGGUCUCGCGAUGCAGCUCGCUGCAGGCGAAGCAGGGAGACCGAUAUCUUCACCGAACUUGCGGCCGUGCUUCCGGUCGCACCGGAACAGGCGGCGCUCUUAGAUAAGGCCAGCGUAAUGAGGUUGGCGAUUGCCUACCUCAAAGUCCGGGCCGUCGUGGAUUCCAUUCCAGUUUCGCUAGCAGCGUCCGAAACGACAGCAGAAAUAGAUGAACUAUUUCCAAAAGCUCUCAAUGGCUUUAUGCUAGUACUAUCCAGUGACGGCAAUAUGGUUUACCUCUCAGAGAACGUCAGAGAUUAUCUCGGAGUGUCACAAAUGGAUAUGAUGGGACAAAGUGUAUACGAAUACAGUCAUCCCUGCGACCAUGAUGAAUUGCGCGAGUGCCUCUCCUUGAAGUCAACGGAUAACAACGAGAAACGUGCCUGUAACUUUUUCCUGCGGCUCAAAUGCACCCUCACGAGUAAAGGCAGGAAGGUCAAUCUGAAGAGUGCUUCUUACAAGGUGAUUCACUGCACCGGCAGAUUGACAAACAUCCGCGACUCAAAUUCGAACUCCAUGAAAGUUGAUAAUGAAGAGCGAAGCAAAGAGAUCGAGGAGGUAGAACCGGACACAGGCGCUUCUCUGGUGCUCAUAGGUAGUCCUAUACCCCAUCCCAGUAACAUCGAGAUACCUUUGGGACGCCAUACCUUUUUGUCGAAGCACAGUCUAAGCAUGAAGUUCACCUACGCCGACGAAAAAUUGGCCGAAUACUUGGGUUGGAGCAGCGAGGAGCUGGUGGGUCGUUCGGUUUACGAGUUUCAUCACGCAUUCGAUAAUAUGGCGCUAGAAAAGUGUUUCAAAUGCCUGUUCAGCAAGGGCCAGUGCGAGACAGUGGCGUACCGAUUCCUCAGCAAGCUAGGCGGCUACGCCUGGGUCAUCACCCAGGCCACCGUCAUCCACUGCUCCAAGCAACAGAAGCCGAUCUCCGUCGUCUGCGUCAACUACGUCCUAAGUGGGAUCGAGUACGAUGGUCAUGUGGUCAGCUUGGUACAGAGCAAGCGUGACAACAGUGCCGAUUUGGUGAAGCUAGAGAGACCGUUGCCGGCCCUAGUGCCGACCGGUGGUGCUGUCGCGUCGACGGCGGACUCGAGUCGUGCGUCGUUGGACGACGAGGAGAAGAUUCCCGUCCCGAAGGAACCGGCCGUCGACGACAAGUCCAGGAGCGACGAUCGACCGUUCGCCGUCACCGCGUCGAUUUUCCGUUCGCUUCCGGACGACAAGCGCAAGGACGAUUUGCGGAAGGGCGACGCCUUGCCGAAACACUCCCACGAGGAGAAGGCGUUCGAGCAGGCACUUAAGGAGUCCCUGGAACAGUCGAUUAAGGAGUCACUGAAGGAGAACGACGAGCCGACGCCGAUCAAUCGGCAGUCGUUCGCUAAGAAGACGCCAUUCGUAUUCCAGGGUAAACCGACGGUGGUGCGCGAUUCCCCAAACAGUGUCGAACAAUGUAAUCGUCCACAAUCGGUCACCAGGAAUCUAUUCACGUCCUUCGCGGCCGCCGUGCAACAACAGGAACAGGAACAGCAACAGCAGCAGCAGCAGCAGCAUCAGCAACAGGAGCAGCCGCAAUUAUCCUGCCGGCCGCAAACGGCCACUGCGAGUAUCUUCGCGCCUCGUACCGAGGACAUGAACAAGGGCUUCUUGACUUUCAGCGAGGAUCAGCCGGGUCUCACCAUGUUGAAGGACGAGCCGGACGACCUGACACAUCUCGCACCCACGGCCGGCGACGUGUGCGUACCCCUGGAGGACACUCCCUUUCUGUCAGAUAUGGAUCUAGAGUUUGUCUUCGGCAACGACCACUACAGCUGUCCCCUGCUGAGUCCGGGCGACACUCUGGCGCCGGAGCUACGUUCCGCAGAACUGUCGGGUUCCCUCAAGGAUGCAGAUCUGGUGGACGCUUCUACCAGGACCAAGGACGCGGUUGACCGUCUGGCCGACAGCGAUCCCUUUAUGUACGGUGACUCGCCCGGGAGUCCCUGCGGCAUCGACCCGAACGCCGUGUCGUCGUCUCUCUCAAAGUAUCGGCAGAGCCCUGAGCGCAGCGUGGACUCGUUAGGUAGUCCUACCGGAGGCAGCGGCGGCGAUGGCCUCUCCGAGGACGAAAUGCUUAUGUUAGGUAUUAGCGACAGCAUAGGGGAUGAAGAAUUGGCGCUCAGAGCACCCUAUAUUCCGAUGUCGGACCAAGACGAGGCGUUAGAGUUGCUCAUUAACGAUGACAUGGUUAUGUGGGGCUCGUCGCAGUCCGCGGACAAAGGAUCCUCGAAGUGGCUAUUCGACGAUCGGGAGCAACGUAAUUCCGAAUCCAGUUUGGCACAAUUGCUGCGAAGCGACCAAGCAGUGUCACGGCGACACAACGAUCACGGCGGAGGUUUCCUCAAUCCAACGCAAAUACUGGGGCAAACACCUAGAAAAAACGCAGUCUUCGAGUCCGAUCGAUGGUCUUCUAAUCAAGAACGUACCAAUAAGCGCAUUCAUUCCGGACUCAAUAUAGAUUCCGAGAAUGAAUAUAAGCGUUUUAAGUGCGAAGACGCGGCUUUCAAGCAUAUAAAUCUCGAAGAUACUUUGGCAAAGCAACAGCGGCUGUCGACGACGCUUCAUAAAAAAUUGCCGCCGGGUCUCGGCAACAGUUGCGGCAGCCAGCUUCUGCGUCGCCUCGUCUCGUCGCAGAUGCCGAGCAUCGCGUCGCAGAUGGGGAGCUUGCCCGACGGUGGUGACAAUAUACGUGGCGAACGGCAUCUUGAAGAUGUUUCGAAGCAGCACACUCGCAUCUUUGACGAUAUCAUCGACUUUGUCGAGACGGAGGGUGACCGAGGCGGUGGGGGAGGAGGCGGAGGCGAAAGUCGAGGUAGCAUCGGUGACGGCCUAGACAAGAUCGACGCAACAAACCGGAAGAGGAAUCCUUCCUGCGGCACCGGCGGCAGCAGCGUGCUAAUGAAUCUCCUGGUUUCCGGCUGCGACGAUCCUCUGAUGAAUUCCCGCAAUAUACUAACUAUGUUAUCGAGAAGCCUGACGACCCCGUUGUCCGUCAACGUGGAUAAUCAGAUAGUACCGCAUUGCGUAAACCCGAACGUCACAUCCUUGCCCGAUCACCUCAGUCCGGAUACCAGGAAGCAUUUGAUCGGACCUUUCACUGGUGGUGGUGGCAGCGGCGGCAGGGACGGGGGUACGACUCCGAUAGUCUCGCCCACGACAUCUGCGAUGGCAUCAUUCGACGGCUUUGACUAUGACGGAUCCGCGGGUCUGCUCCAAAUGGGGUCAGAUCUACUCGGAGGACUGCUGGAUCGAAAUCUGGUGUGAUCCAGUGUGACGUGAUUACAUGGACAUGCCAUAGGAUUGAUCAGGGAAAUUAGAACCUGGAUUCGGUUUUUCCCUUUGUAAGAAAUCUUAAGUUUUUCUUUCAUUCCCUUUUUGUAAAACCGAGCGCUGUAAUAUAUAAAAAUAUGUUACAAUACAUUUUUAAUUCUUUACUGUAAUUAAAUCCAUAAUUAAGCUAUUGUUUUUUUUUUUCGACGUCACACUCGAUUUUAGAGCCUGUGCAAUAUACUAACUAAAUGCAGAAAUGAUAAGUGGAAAAAGAAAUUAGAGUGCGAUCGAAGUGUUACGCACAGAGAGACUUUAUAAGAAUCCUGCUUCUAAUUUCUGCAUGUAAAUAGUUGUUUAAUUCUCGGUGCUCUUCAAUAAAUUCGUAGAGCAUCCGAAGAAACCUGAUGAGCACAGUGCAGUUUACAUUAGGUGUUCAAAAAGAUGUUCGAUUAAUGUAAAAAGUGGCGCGACUCGAGAACUUUAGGUCCAGAUUUAAUUGAUAUUUUUAGAGUGCUCUUUUUGAAACAAUUUCUUUAAGUAAUAAUCGAUUUGCGUCAUUUUGUUUGAUCGACACUUUUUUUUAUAUUGUCUCUCGACAUUUGUGAGUGAAUGUUAACUAAGUAUGCCAUUGGAUUAGUACCAGGAAAUUAAUUCGUCCUGUGUAUUCUGACGAACACUGCGUAGCGAAUUAAGUUUGGCAAGGUGAUGCUCUAUUGUAAAAAUACGAAUCAUAUCUUUCAGUCGAGUCGAUUAAAGGCUGUACCGUUUUUUUUAAUAAUAAAAAGAAUUUUAUAAAAUUUUUCCGUAUGCAACAGAUUUGAGUUUUGCAUAUGGAAUUGUUUUCCCAUUACGUGCUUUAAAAACAUCAUGUAUCGUAAUUCUUUUCAUUGUAUAAAACUGUUGAUAUUAUUGUUUAGAAAUAUGUUUAGCAAAAAAUUCUUGUUAAAUUGAACAUCAUAGAAAGUUAUUUUCUAUUGCAUGUGAAAUUUGUGAUUUUUAUUACAAAUUUCUACGUUGGAUCACUUUUAUUUGAUUUUAUAAAAUAAUAUUUGAUAGGAUUUAGAACGCAGGCAUAAUAAAGCAUGCAUAAUUAUCAAGUAAAAUGUGAUAAGAGAUUAUUUAAUAAUAAUGUUGCAAUAUUGGCUAAUUCAGGCCCAGCCGAUAACAACAUGAGCGCAACCAUGAUGAUAAUUAUAGAAUUGUAAUGUGCUCAAAAAUUCAUAAUCAUCUGGAAUGAAAUAAUCUCGAGAGAUUUAAAGACAGAAAUAGAAGUAAAUAAUUGUUUGAAUAUUUCUUUUAAAUAGUAGAAACGAAAAUGUUACAGCCUUUUAGCGGCUCGGUCUUUUUUAGAAGUUGUAUAUAAACGAGUGCAUUUAUGCGCAUUGGCGUGCAAAUUUGCAUAUAUUAUUAAAUAAUUAAAUAGAACGUUUAAUAAAUAAAAUAGGAAGAAAUUUUAAAUUGAGAGCAAUGAUCGGGUUUGAAAAAGGAAAAAGUAAUGAAUGAUUAUUCCAUCUUUUUGAAAUUGAAGAUAAUAAUAAUUGAAACAAAAAGGAAGAGAAUGAAAAACUUUGCAACAUUAAUUUUAAAAAAUGCAAUAUGUCAAAAGUAAAAAACUUCAAAUAUUUCCGCAUCUUUUUUUUUUAUACUUCACACAGUUUAGAUCUAACAUUCCUUUAAACGCCAUAUGCCAUAUUUUCAGACUGAAAUGAAACAAUGGGGCAAAAGGAUCAUCGGUUAUUAAAUUUCUCAUUCUAAUUUUUUUAAAAGCGAUAGAGCCAAGUUGUGGCACUGCUGCGGUUUCAUCGUUGCAUAUCAAAAUAGGAAAUUACAAAGCUGAUUGUCAUCGUUUACCGAUAGUUAUUAUUACGAUCAUUUCUACUAACUUCUUCGAUUAUGAUUCAUUUGUUAUUGCUGCACCAUAAUUCUUCAUUGCAUACAAUGUAAUAUCAUACUAUUAGCAUUAUGUUUGCAGCUGCAAUGAUUACUGCAGUUAUUAUUGUCAUAUAAAUACAGACAUAAGUUUUUUUAUCGUAGUUUUAUUAUUUUAAUACAUUAUUAUUACAGGUAUAAUCAUAUUAUAAUGUUGAAUUAAUAGAUAGUUAAUGAUAUGAUGUGGAUAGGAUAUGGAUGCAAAAAAAUAAAUAACCAAUUAUUUAGAAAUAAAAAUAAUAUUUCUAAAAUUCAAAAAUAUAUUUUUUACUUUUCACCAUUUUCAAUUCCACGAAUUUAAGUAUCUAAUUAAAUUAAUUGAAAAAUCUAAGAGCUCUCUUAGAUCACUGUAUUCUUUGUGUCAUUUACGAUACAUAAUCUCUUUAUAUUUUAUUGAUUUUUGAAAUUCAAGCUUUGUACCAGUGUCAACUAAAUUUUGUUGAUAAAUUAUCGACAGUAGAUAAUUUAUCGAUCUUUCUAUUAUAAUUAAAAAUUUUAAUUUAAAAGAAUUAGUAAAGUAUGAAGUAAUGUAUAUGUAUAAUUAUACAUAUACAUGAACUGUGACAUAUUCUUUAAGUUAAAAAUAUAGAAAAUUGUGAUUUUACAAAUUCUUGAAUUUGUAACGUUAAUAAAUAAUUACCAACAAAAUAAAAUGUAUAAUAUCAACAAACGAAUAAGAGACAAGCGAAAAAGUUCGUAAAUCUAAAUAUGCGAAAAAGUAUAAGCGCGCGAGAGAGUAAUAAAUGUAUAUUUUGUAAGAAUUACAAUGUUUAUGAUACGAUACUUUAUUUAAUAAAUAAGCACAAAUGCAAAUGCAAUAAAAACUAUAUAAUUGUAGCAAAUGAA